CUUAAUAUACAAAUCAUCUUUUUAGAACCAAUAGUAUCUUAUAUCAUGUGAGGAUAAUCGACCAAAAGGAGUAAAAAAAAUCUGUAAGAUCUUUAUACAGUAGAGAAAAUUCGGUUAGGUCAGCACCUGCCUACUUCUACAUUUGGAUAUUAAAAGUCCGUUAUAAAAGUGUAUUGACAUAAAAAAGAAAAAAAUUUUCGUAUCCAUUUGUAUCUCCUCUUCUUCUUCUCUUUCUGAUAACUCGGUUAACUUGUUUUCCGUUUUAUAUCAGAUUGUAGAAUGGAGAAGCAUGCUUUUGAUACCUCUAUUCAACCAGAAGACUUUACUAAGGAUUUACACGAACAUGUUACAACUGCUUCUCCUCCAUUUUGGUCAAAAUCUACUUUAUUGAACUAUUUUCCUCGAUAUACUUUGAAGCCACAAGGUAUUGUUUAUAUUGAUGAAAGACCAACUGCAUUUCAAUGUGGCUUGAUGGGUGUUCAACAUGUAUUGUCCAUGUUUGGAUCUACUGUAUUAGCUCCUUUAAUGAUGGGACAAAGUUCAAAUACAGCUUUAUUCUUUUCUGGUGUUGGUACCAUUAUUUUUUAUAUCAUCACAGGUGGUCGAGUGCCAAGUUAUGUUGGUUCUAGUUUUGGUUUUAUUGGUGUGGUUGCCUCUGCUACUGGUUACACUUAUACUCCUACAUCUGGUACUAAUCCUAAGAUUGAUGUGGCUGCUGGUGGUAUUCUUGUAUGUGGUCUUGUUUAUUUGGCCAUUGCUAUUUUGGUCAUUCUCUUAGGUCAUGGUUGGGUGGAAAUCUUAUUACCUCCUGUCGUAACUGGCGCUGUAGUGAUGACUAUUGGGAUUCAUUUGGCUACUUCUGCUUUCCAAAGUGCUACUGCUACUUCUUUCGAUGGUUGGAUGGCUUUUACCACUGUUAUGAUCAUCGCAUUGACAAGUGUAUAUGCACCAGGUAUAUUCAAACGGAUUCCUCUUCUUGUUGGUAUGGUCAUUAGUUAUUUGAUUGCUAUGGGUUGUGGUAUGACUGGUGCUGCUCCAAGUAUUGAUUACUCUGAAGUUUAUGCUGCUUCUUGGUUCGCUGCUCCUACUUUUACCAAGCCUGUUUUUGAAGCUCAAGCUAUUAGUGUCAUUGUACCUGUUUGUAUUGUUUUGGUAGCUGAAAACUUGGGUCAUGUUAAAGCCAUUAGUGCCAUGUCUGAAACUCCAUUGAACAAGUAUAUAGGACGUACUUUAUUAGGUGAUGCUGUAGCAACAAUUGUAUCUGCAGCAGCAGGUGGUCCUGGUGAAACUACUUAUAGUGAAAAUAUUGGUGUGAUGGCUGUGACUAAUGUGUUCUCUAGUUUGAUUUUCCUUGUGGCUGCUGUCAUUGCGAUUUUAUUGGGAUUCAUUCAGAAAUUCGGUGCAGCCAUCCAUACUAUACCUUCUGGUGUUUUCGGUGGUCUCUCCAUUAUCUUGUUCAGUUUAAUCACUGUUUCUGGUGCAAGAAUUUGGGUAGAAAACAAAGUGGAUUUCAAAGAUACUCGUAAUCUAUUGGUGGCUGGUAUUCCAGUUGUAUUAGGUGCAUCUAUGCAAACAACACUCAAAUGGGGAAAUUUUCAACUAGAUGGGAUUGGUUUACCUACUUAUAUUGCCAUUCUAUUAUAUCAAAUUUUACGUGGAUGGAGUGGAUUCAAAGAUCUUUAUCAACAAAUGCGUGAUAGACAACGAAAACAAAAACAAGAAGAACAUAGUGCUUAAUUUUAUAUACUGUAUUUCUAUUUUGUAUUAUCUGUCAUUUUGUAUUAUUACUUUCUCAAUUAUCAUAUCUUUCAAUAUUCAUUUAAUAAAUAUUAGUAUUAAUAAUAUCAUCAUCA